ACCUCCCAGAGUGACAUUUUGACUCCGUCCCGCUGGUAGACAUGCUGGCCCCACCUCUUCCGGGUGAUAGGCAAGCCCCACCCCUAGAGCGCGACGUCGUCCCAGUGACGUAAUGGUAACGGUCUGUUUCCGGGGUGGAGCCAGGGAGGGCGGGAGUUUAGGCUGUGCCGACCCCUCAGCCCCCCUCCAGGAGACGUUCGGAGCCCAGGACAUGUCGGGAUUGAGGAGAUACGAGGUGGCGCUGGAGGCGGAGGAGGAGAUCUACUGGGGCUGUUUCUACUUUUUCCCCUGGCUACGCAUGUGGCGUAGGGAGCGGAGCUCGGCGCACCCUGGGGAGCAGAAGCUGGAGUCUCUGCGGGGCCUGAUGAGCUGUCUGUCGAGCGGCCUGGGCCCUGCUCCCCAGCGCUCGGGUCGUAGCCGCACCCCCACCGCCGCUGCCCAGCCAGUCGGUGCAUUAAAGAUUUAAGCCGAAGCC